UAUAGAGUUCCUCGUUGUCAUCGUUGUCGUUGUCUCGUGACGUCCUACAACGUCCCUACUAUUUCUUAACAAUCUGUUUCUUAUAUAUUUAGCUUCAAUAAAUCGUGAUAUAUAUAUAUAUGUGCAUGCAUAUAUACAUAUGUAUAUGCAUGCAUACGUCGUCAUAGAAAAAAUAAUCGUUAUUCUUAAUAAGAAAAGUGUUUUAUUGGAAAAAGUCGUUUGAACAAUUAUUGAAAUAUUUAAUAUUAGAGAUGUGAUAGACACACCAAAAGGUGGAUCGAUCGCAUCCUUCGUGAAAAAGGGACUGAGAAAUCUUUUCACGAUGACUAGUGUAAGCUAACGCAAAUGCAUAGAUAUUUUCAAGAAUAUCGACAAACUCAGCGUCGUAGGAAGUUUCAAUGCGCGGCAAAAAAGGAAAAAAAAGAUAUACAAGUGUUUAGAAAGUGAAACGUUUUCUUUUCAUAUCCAAGUGAAUUUUCUAAAACAUUUUGUAUAACUGAUUUCUCCCGAAUAAAACUAUAUAAAAUACGAAACUUUUGUUGCUACGAAACGAUUGUCAAACUUUUAAGUGUUUCUCUGUGUGUGUAUAUGUGUGUGUGUCUAAAUCAAAGAAAAAGAACAUUGGACUUUAUCGAUGUUUAUUGUAAAACUACAAGCUGGACUACAAUACAAGAGCAAUUGAUUUUUAUAAUUGUUUAGGAACUUUUGGACAUACCCUGUAUAUUGUAAUUCUCUAAUUACAUGCAGUUAAAGCGAUCAGUCAACAAUAGUAUCGAUUGACAGAAGAAUGAAUUGGACGAACAGGAUGGCGCGUCACGGUAGCGAGAGAUCCCUUCAUACUUUACAUUCCAUGCAUCCUGUUCGUACUUCGAUUAUCCACAAUAAUAACAACAACAACAAUAACAAUAACAACAACAAUGAUUCAACAACAAUGAAUCAUUCAAGAAAUAUGGUCAGUCCAAGCAAAGCUAUUUGCAGUAGUCCAGAAAUCGACGCUUUAGUUGAUGAUUCUAUCGAUGGUGUUUCAAUAUCAAGUACUAUGAAUUCAUCGAGUAAUACCACCAUAGUUCCUGGUUCCUCUCCGUUAGCUUUGGACUCUCGUAUACCCAGACCAUCACCUAAUAACGUUCUGCGCCGUUCCUCGAGCAUGCGCAUCCGUGGUGAACGGCUUCCAGCACAUCAUUCUCGACCCACUACUACUACCACCACCUCGGCUCUUCUUGGCCAACAUCACCAACACCACUACCGUCGUCACAACCAUCUUUUGCUACAGCAGCAGCAGCAGCAGCAGCAGCAAUAUCCUGAUCAUCGUAUUUUUCCGGUCAUCACGGAGAAUGGAACCGACUCGCCAAGACAACGAUCUCUUAGCCUCUCACUGACACCAGCUAGGCCGCGAACAGGACACGCGGCCUCAGGGACAACACCAGGAGCAGAUGACAGUGAUGCAGAGAGCGUGAGAAGUUACGGAAGUGCAUGCAGCACCGCAAGUGCCUGCGAUCAUGCUUCCUUUGCUUUGAACGGUACUACUUGGUCUGGUCGAUCACGAAAGUACGUUGUCCAUUGUUCUAAUCAUACUGGGGACAAUGAACAAUAUCUUACACCGACGCAAAGGGCCGCCAGACAAAUUAGGAAAUUUCAGGCCCUUUUGAAAGAAGCAAGAAUAGAGAUCGAAGAAAAGAAUCGAGAGAUCAUUCGAUUAACUAAAGAGGUCGUUGAAUUGCGAUUGUAUAAAGCAUCAUUGAAUAGUCCGGAUGAAAGAACUGACAGUAGCGAUGCACUUACUGUACGUGAAAACAAUCCUUUUUCACCGGAAUCACCAUGCAAAGAUCUUUUAGACGACGGUAGUUUCGAGAAGGUCGCUAGUCCAGAAACUUCGGAUAAACGUGCCCAAUCGGAUGUACCAUCCUCUUUGGCAGAUUCAGGACAUUUUGAAGACGGCUCCGUCCACUCGAAAGAUUCUGUGUGCCUACCGGAAACGGUACCCGAACCUUCUGGUAAUAAUCCUCCAUCCAACCUAAGACAAGAUGAACCUAAAGACGAUAGUAGAUCAGUCUCUGUUGUGGAUAGUAAUAGUCCUGAAAGAGAUGAAGAAAGACGUCGAUUGGUUAAUCAUUAUGAAAGCAGAAUCGAAGAAAUGCACCGAAGACAUAUCGAUGAAAUGCAGGAAUUGAAAAUGAAGCACAAUGAUAAGGUAGAGAGCUUGUUAAAUCAACUAUCUGAUAUUAAUACUCGCUAUUGCGAGGUAAGGCCGUCCGUUGAUGCUGCGGAAGCUCGUAUUGGAGAAUUGAAAGAGGAAUUGGAGGCUGUGAAAAAUGAACUGGAUAAGAAGGAAGCUUUAAUUAAAGAGCAAGAAGAGAAGGAUAAACAAAUGUACCUGAAAGUGCAUGCGAAUGAACAAGAAGCUGCACGCACUGAAAAAACUGAUCAGAUACCUGAAAAUGCACAGCAGAAAUCAUCUUUGGAAGUUAAUGCCACCGAUUUACUACAAGAAUUAACAGUUACAAAAGCAGAAUUAGAAAAAAUUAAGGAUACAAGCUACUCGCCUGAACCUCACAUUUCAGCCGAUCGUAGCCAAAAUUUAUUAAGCGCUCAGGAGGCUGUUUCUCUCUGGGUCCUUGGCACACGUAAGGCAAUGUAUCGGAGUAUUGUGGAGGCAAAAUACAAGAAGGAUGAAUUGGAUCUUGCAAUCACCUUGCAGUUUUUAAAAUCAGCAUUUUAUUACUUCCUGACUGAUAAAGAAAAUCAUCGUGGACAUCUGAAUGCUAUCGAAAGUAUCUUGGGUUUUACCGAAGCUGAGAAACACAACAUUGAUAAGAUUUAUGGAUCUGCUAGAAAAUAACUUAAACAACUUUAUAAAAAGCGAUGUAUAUGAUUGUUAGAGACAUACGGUGAAACGUGUUCUCCAUUUAUUACUUUUCUUGAUAUAAUAUUUAUAAUUUUAUAUACACAUUGAUAUAAAAAGACUAAAUAUGUAUUUCUCUCAAUGUUUAAAAAGAAACAUUAUUUUCUAUUUACAUACGUUCGCAUUGAAAAAGUAUAUAUAUUGAUCGUACUUAUAUUUUCAAUAAUUUUUUUUGUAAUGGAUAAAAUGAACACUGUAUGUCAUAUACUUUUAUCAUACUGCUGCUGGUUAGCAGACAAUUUUAAUGAUUUUAAACAUUUUUAAUAAUAAUAAUAUGUAUUUCAAUUUUUGUUAUGCAGUGAGAAAAAUUUUGAAAUUGUAAAUGUAUAUGCGUAUGAUACAAAUUUAAUAGUCUUCAUAUUAUACGGUAGAGUUCUAUGUAUAUUGAUUUCCAUCAAUGGAUAUGUAUUUCAUAAAGAACAUAUGGCAUAAGUUAUUAAUUAAUAUAGAAACUUCAAUAGAAUUUUCCUUAUGUUCUAAUUAAAACUACAUCGACUAUAUUUUUAGAUACAAAUUUCUAAUUAAUAUUUAACUAUUAUUUAUCGCGAUACGAUCAUUAAUAUAAUAUACUGGACUCUAAGGCCUAUUUAUAUAACUGUUUGAAAAAAAAAAAAAAAAAGAAUGACAGAUUAUUUUUCAUAUUAAUAUUUGAAAUACAUAUCCACAUUGUAUAUUCAUACAAAUAUUAGUAUAUAAAAAUAACUACAUAUAUUAUAAAGCCACAAAAUAUUUCUAUUGGGGUAUAGAAUGUUUUACAUUCGUAUAGAAUUAAAAUGUGUUAGAAAUUAAUUAGAUUGAUAAAUAAAAUAACUUAAAGUCUUAUUAAAAUCAAAGAAAAAUCUAAAUUAUAGUUAUACUUAAAUUUGGUGGCACAUUACACAUUGAAGUAAUAAGGAGACUGAGAAGAUUGCCUUUUUAUCUGCUUAUCUGCUUGAUCUUGCCUUUAAUCUGUUUAUUAUCUAGUAUUAUAGAAAAAUUCACAGUGAAAGUGUUAUUAAGAAAAUAUAUUAUAAAAAUUAAGAAAAAAAAUAUAAGCAUAUUACCUAUAUAUA